CCCCACGUUCCUUCCGCCCCGUCCAGCGCCGCCCCGCCGCUCCCCGCGCAGCCGGAGUCCGGAGGAAGGAGCGCGAAGCCCCACGUGGUGGCCCCGGAGUCGGUCCCGCCGCCGCUGCGGCCGUUCGUCCCCGCGCGGUCCCCAUCCGGGGCUGGCCGCCGGGAGAGCUCCCCACCCGGUGACUGCCCUCCGCCCCGCCCGCCGCCCCUCACGGCGGGGUCUGCGUGAGUUCCUCACCUGGGGGCGGCCUGCAGGUGAGCCCCCUCCCAGCCGGCCCUCCGCCCCGCCCGCAGUCCCUCCCAGGUGACCAGGUGCCUCCAGGUAAAGCGCAGCAAUGGCUGCUGUUUAUUCUGGCAUUUCUCUAAAACUUAAAAGCAAGACAACUUCCUGGGAAGAUAAACUAAAACUAGCUCACUUUGCUUGGAUUUCCCAUCAGUGUGUUCUUCCAAAUAAAGAACAAGUAUUACUUGAUUGGGCACGACAGUCAUUGGUUGCGUUUUAUAAGAAAAAACUUGAACUGAAGGAAGACAUUGUUGAAAGGCUUUGGAUCUAUAUGGAUAACAUUCUACAUAGCAGAAAAUUGCAGAAUCUCCUCAAGAAUGGAAAGACAAUUAACCUUCAGAUUUCCCUCAUCAAGAUCAUCAAUGAGAGAAUGGCCGAGUUCGCUCUCUUGGGAUCUCAGAGGAGCAUCUGUGUUGUGCUGAGCUGCUGCCAGGGUAUCCUCUCGACGCCCGCCCUUGCCGUCAUCUACGCGGCCAGGCAGGAGCUGACGGUCGACCUGCUGAGCCAGCUGUGCUGGUUGGCCUGUAGGCAGCCGGGAGCCGUGAUGCCCCAGUUGUUCGAAGUUCUUCACCUGACCCUCGGCCUUUACCUCUCGAUUCAGCGGCAGCAGGUCAACCCAAGACGCACCUUUGGGGAGGUGACCACACACUUGCUCCAGCCCUGCCUGGUCCUGAGACACUUACUCUCGGCAGGCACGUGGACCCAGGCUGGCCAGGGCCAGCUGCGGCCGGCACUGGGCCGGGACAUUAGGAGUCAGAUUGAGGCCGUGCUUCGAGGCGGAGCUUUUCAGGCCGAGCUGCUCCCUUCCUACAAAGAGGAGCUCUUGGACCAGCAGCAAGGUGACACGAAGAUGGGGGCCAUGAAGAAUCUCCUAGCGCCCCUGGGCACCGUGAUGGCCAGGCUGGUGGAUCCUGGCUACUGUGAACCGUCCCUUCAGGCUGCUGUGGUGGCCAACUCCGUGGCCUUGCUGUACAAGCUCUUCGUAGAUUCUUACCUCACGGAGGGGAACCGGCUGCUCUGCUUCAAGGUGCUCCCUCGGCUGUUUGGUUGCUUAAGGAUUUCCCACCUGCAGGAGGAGCAGUUGCAAGCCCUGCCUGCGUCUGAUUGGACCACGGAACUCCUGGCCUUGGAACAGCUGCUAAAUUCAGUGGCCAAUAGUACUAUCUACAACAUUGCCACUGACCGGAUUCGGCACGGGGAGACUCAGUUCCACUUCUACCGCCGUCUGGCCGAGAUGCUGCUGAACCAUCCGCAGGCCCCCAUGCCAGCCUGGUUCCGCUGCCUCAGGGUUUUGCUGUCUCUGAAUCAUUUGAUUCUGGAGCCAGACCUGGAUGACCUGUUGUCUUCAGCUUGGAUCGACGCAGAAGUCACAGAGUCGCGGACCCAGAAAGCCCAGGAGGCGCUGAUCCACACGCUCUUCCAGACGUUCGCCAAGCUCCGGCAGGUGCCCCGGCUGUUCAGGGAGGUGCUGGGGGUGAUCUGUCGCCCCGCGGCCGAGGCGCUCAGGCUGCCCGUGCUGUCCGCAGGCCCCGCUGCUGUGCUCCGCGAGUGCCUCCCGGAUCUGCCCCCGAGCCAGGUCCUGGACGCCUGGGCCCUCAUGCUGGAGAGGUUCCAAUCCCUGGUCCUGCCUGAUUUGCGGGGUGACAUGGACAUGGCCCUGAAGUCCGUGUCCCUGAGCUCGCUGCUGCACUGCGUCAUGGUCCACGCGCGGAGCCUGGAUGGCGACUCGCCCCUGCCCGUGGUCAGGCGCACGCGGCGCACCAUGGACGAGACGUUGCGGGGCCUCGUGCGGCCCCUGCUGGACCUCCUCCGCCAGCCGCGGCCCUUGGUGCCCGAGCCCUGGCGACAGAGGGUCGGUGACUCUGCGCUCCUGCUCGCCCACACCUGGGCCCAGGUGGACACUGUGCUGGGCUUGAGCUGCGGCCCGUACCGCUCUGAGCCCGGGUCCCUCGCAGGCACCGCCCCGGAGCCCUCGGGCCUCCCCCCGCUGCUCCCGGGCCUGGAGGCCAAGCACUGGAAGGAGAUAGAGGCGUUUACGGCUCAGUCCGACUCCCUCGGCAGGUACUGCUUGGAGCAGCUCCACCUGCAGAGAAUGAGAAACACCUUGCUGCAAACUGGCGUCCAGUCUGAAGAAGCCCUCCUCGCUCUGAGGCGCGACGCCGCCUACAUCCUGGGCUCCGGGAGAGCGAGCCUGACCCGGGGGACGACGGCCUCCUGGGACGGCCAGGUGGGGACGGUGAGUGCGCUCACCUACCCCGUCGCCCACUGGCACUCGGUCGUGUCCCAUCUCACGAUUUUAACACCCUAUCUUUGUCCGGACGACCUGCGGUACCUGGCCGGUGUCCUGCUGAGAACUUUGCCAACGAGCAAAGCCCAGGAGGGCUCAGCGGAGGAGGAGCCAGACAUCACACUUGAAAACAUAUCGAAGGCCGUCCUCCACAGCCCUCUCUUCCCCGAAAUGCAGUCCCUCCACUCUGCGUUCUUACUGUGCGUGACCGCGAGCUGCGCCGGCAUCCUGUGUGCCGGCGCCCGGAGGGGCCCUGCUCUUCUCCGCCAGCAGCUGCCCUGGCUUUUUGAAGGGAAUUAUGUGGCCGUGGCUCACUGGGAAAGCAGAUUUCCAAAGGUCGGAUCUGAAGGCAUAGAGCCAAGAGGAGAAAUCGCCCAGAGCUUACUCUCCUUGGCCAGGGGUGACUCCGCCGUUGAGCUGGAGGGGGAGCAGCUGGAGGGCGUUCUUCGGCUUUUGGAGGUUCUUUCUGCUCUGCAGCUGGACAGCCUCCUGCCCCCCUGUCACGUGCAUUGUUUUCUCCUGUUGCUGACCGUGGCCGUCACCACGCCGGGCAGCUCUUGCCCCUCCUCGCUGACCCUCAGGUGUUUGAUGACGUGCUACCGGCUCCUCGGUCACCUGCAGAGAGGGAAGAGCGCCCAGUCGGCGCUCAGGGUCACGUACGUUAGCGACAUCUUUGAGAUCACGCUGACCUCCUUGUUCAGAGCCAGUAGGCGGUUUCUUGUGGACGUGGAUGACCCCUCUUGGCUGGAAUUCCUCCAGGUGGUGGGGACCUUCUUAGAACAGCCGCUGCAAAUGCUGCUCCAGAGGAAGCUCAGCCCGGGGCUCAAUUUCGGGAAAAUCCUCGCAUUCCUCUCGAGGUCCCAUCUGUGCCCUGAAGCAACUUCAGGCAGACGGUCGGAAGAUCAGACACCUCUGGGCCAGCAGCUCCUUCUGGUGUCUUUAACCAAGCUGUGCCAAGUGCUGGGGCCUUUAGUCAAGGCGCAGAAGCAGCACGAGGCCCUGGAAGCGCCGUGCGAGCUGUUGCAGGCGGCCGUGCUGCAGGCGGGGGCCGUGCUCCAGCUCUGCGCCGCCCGCGGGGCCCGGGACCGCCGCCUCCCGCCCCCCGUCCUCUCGUCGGUCGCCUCGCUCUUGGAGGCCGAUUUGGCCCUGUGCUCCGGGCACAGCGGGACGGAGGUUCCCGGAGGGACGGACCACGUGCUGCUGCCCCAUGCCGCCCUCUACCAGGCUGUCUACUCUCAGAUCCUGUCGGAGUUGGCGGCUCUAGCAGGAGACACCCCAUCUCUCCAGGCAGCCGUGCAGUUUUUGACUCUGUUCUUUUUAGCCCCAGAACUGCACCCCCAGAAGGAGUCUGUGUUUACCUCCGUGUUUCGAUCUGUGAGAAAAGUCCUUGCAGAUCCUGCGAUUCCGGUUCAGGUAGUUGAGGAGAUAGAGCCUCAUUUGGGAGCCUUGUUCACCCAAAUGUUGGAGGUUGGGACGACAGAGGACUUCCGGAUGGCGCUGCAGUGUAUCCUCCGGGGAUUGGACGUCAGUAACGUGUGGAGAGCAGAUCUGCAGGCUGUUUUGUCGGCUGUGACGUUGGUCAAAUUGCUCUUGAACUGCCCAUUUGGUGGCGAGAAGGCCAGUUUGUUCUGGCGUGCGUGCCCACAGGUGGUCAUGGCUCUAAUGCUGCAGACCCGAGAGGCUUGUCGGGAACAGCCCAUGGCGCUGGCACUGGUCGGGCCCAUCUUGGACGUCCUGGCUACGCUGCUGAGGCAGGGGGAGGAGACCAUCAGCAACCCGCACCACGUUGGCCUGGCCUUCGGCGUCCUGCUGGCCGUGCCCUUGGACGCCCUGAGGCCUCCCGAGUAUGAGCGCAUCUUCCUGCGGGUCCACAACGUGCUCUUCUCAAUCCUGCAGUGUCACCCGAAGGUAAUGCUGAAAGCCAUCCCUUCUUUCUUGAACUGUUUUCAUAGAUUGGUGUGUUCAGUUAUACGCGAAGGGCGGCAGAAGGACAAAGGAGGCGCAGAGGACCUGCCAGUGGUGCUGGAGUGCGCCCGCCUCGUGGAAAGGAUGUACAGCCACGUGGCACUGCGGGCCGAGGAGUUCAGGGUGUUUUCCCCCUUCAUGGUGGCCCAGUAUGUGAUGGAGGCGCAGAAGGUCACCUUGUAUCCGGCGGUGAAAGGCCUCCUGCAGGAGGGCAUCUACCUCAUCCUGGACCUGUGCAUCGAGCCCGACAUCCAGUUCCUGCGGGCCUCGCUGCAGCCGGGGGUGCGAGACGUCUUUAAGGAGCUGCACAGUGAUUACGUGAAGUACCACAAGGCAAAGCACGAGGGAGAGAGAAGAUACGCCGUCUAAGCCGCGCACAGACGUGCAGCCGUGGCCCCGGGUCCAAGAGAGCUGGAGGAUGCAGGACUCAGAUGCUUGAAUCCGCGGCAUUGAAACACGUGGAAAAUCCUUUGGAGUUUAUAUAAUAUGUAUUGCAUUUUACAGUUAUUUUUUCACACUAUUUCUUAACAUUUUUUUAUGCAGUAAGUAUUGCAAUAGAAUCCUGAAAAUAGAUCCUGAAUUCAAUAAAAUUUGCCAGAUCUCC